UAAUAUUGGUUACCUGCAAUUACAAACAGUGGAUACGAAAGGAGCUUGCAGCAGCAAUAUCAUCAAUAGUGGCAACAGCAGCAGUGAUUGCAAUAAGGUCUUGAUAGGACGCGGUGGCUAGCGCGGAAGUACUGAAACAUUGGAGACGCUUAUCAUCAGGCGGUUAUUAUGAAAGGCAAUUUGUACAAAAUGUCUCGUAAUAAGGAGAAAUACGAGAGUGCAAACAGACGACAGCAGAUUUUUAUGUCAGCAGAAGAUGUGGCUGCCGGGAAGAAAUCCUCGUGGACUGGCAUCGAGAUAACAGCAAGAAGCUGUGUACGCAAUAUUAGUCCCUCAUUGUGGGAAUUUGAACAUUUAACAGCAUUGUAUCUCAAUGACAACCAGCUGUUACGUUUGCCCGCCGACAUUGGUUUGCUAUGCAAUUUGCGCACACUGGAUCUAUCGAGCAAUAAGUUGCGCAGUUUGCCUGCCGAAUUGGGCGAGCUCAUACAGUUGAGAGAACUUCUGUUGAACAACAAUUACUUGCGUGUUCUCCCUUAUGAAAUUGGGAAACUUUUUCAUUUGCACGUCCUAGGAUUAAUGGGAAAUCCAUUACAAAAAGAGUUUCUAUCCAUCUAUAAUGAACCAAAUGGCACCCAAAAACUGCUAACAUAUAUGUUGGACAAUUUGUCAGUUUCAAUCACCCCUCCGCCUCAGCGUCCAUGGAUACCAUUAGCCAAACCGAACAAAUCGAGGCCAGCAUGCAUCUUUACAGUUAUGUGUUAUAACGUUUUGUGCGACAAAUAUGCCACACGACAGAUGUACGGAUACUGUCCAUCAUGGGCCUUGAGUUGGGAGUACCGGAAAAAGGCGAUACUUGACGAAAUCCGUCACUAUUCGGCGGAUAUAAUUAGUCUGCAGGAAAUCGAAACAGAACAGUUUUAUAAUUUCUUUCUGCCUGAGCUGAAGGCCGACGGCUAUGAGGGUAUUUUCUCGCCGAAAUCUCGUGCCAAGACUAUGUCGGAGAUGGAACGUAAAUUUGUAGAUGGCUGCGCUAUUUUCUUUAGAGCUGCAAAAUUCACAUUGAUUAAGGAACAUUUAAUCGAAUUCAAUCAAUUGGCAAUGGCUAACGCUGAGGGCUCGGACAAUAUGUUGAAUCGUGUAAUGCCGAAAGACAAUAUCGGUUUGGCAGCAUUGCUGAAAGUGAAGGAGAACGCUUGGGAUCCGAUGACCGAGGUGACACAAAUCUCCCAGCCCUUACUCGUUUGCACUGCACACAUUCACUGGGAUCCCGAAUUCUGCGAUGUGAAACUCAUCCAAACGAUGAUGUUGAGCAAUGAGCUUAAGACUAUUAUCGACGAGGCGAGCCACAGUUUUAGGCCCGGUCAUAAGAAUGACUCGAAUAGCGUACAAUUGUUAUUGUGCGGCGAUUUUAAUUCCUUACCCGAUUCGGGAGUUAUCGAAUUUCUCGGCAAGGGACGUGUAGCAAUGGACCAUCAGGAUUUCAAGGACAUGGGCUAUAAAUCAUGCCUGCAACGCUUACUCUCGAAUGACACCAGCGAGUUUACGCAUUCCUUCAAGUUGGCCUCCGCCUACAGUGAAGACAUAAUGCCGCACACAAACUACACGUUCGACUUCAAGGGCAUUAUUGAUUAUAUAUUCUAUACGAAAACGGGUAUGGUGCCGCUCGGGUUGUUGGGUCCCAUUUCGAAUGAAUGGUUGCGUGAGAAUAAAGUUGUUGGCUGUCCGCAUCCACAUAUACCAUCGGAUCAUUUUCCGUUGUUGGUCGAAUUGGAACUGAUGCAUACGGCUGGACAACAAGCACCGCCUAAUGGACUGAUCAAUCGACGGUAGCAAUAAAAGGUUAAUUGCCAAAUCAGACAACAACAACAACAACAACAAACGUAACUGUAAUGUAGCUGUUGUAGGAGUAGCAGGACAGUUUAGCGUCUGCUAACCGCCGCAUAAAGACCACAAACAAACAAACAAACCAACAAACAGACAAAAUAUACAAACAAUAAAACAUAAAUAAGUAGAUAAAAAUAAAAAAACAAAAACAAAAACAUAAAGCAACAAAUCGUCAUACAUACAUACAUAUACAUACAUAGUUACCGAAACGGCAGUAGUUCAUAUAGACAUUCAUACACAAUCACUCAUUCAUACAAACAUAAGUACACCACUCAUUGUCAACAACAACAAAUUAAAUACAUAAUUAAGUUCAACAACAACAUCAACAACAAUGAAAAUGUUCAAGGACCACUACCAUCAACAUAAGGAGAAUAACAACAUCAUGUAUGGACCAUACACGUAUAAAACCACAACAACAACAAAUAUGUGCAUACAUUUUAAGUUUGUAAAGCUAGUAAAUAUGUAGUUCUAUAAUGUUCCCCACAUCUAUCCCAUCUUUAUUGAUCCCAAACGGAUUUUAGCUAUGUCUUUCCACAUCCUUCAACCACCGACUGAUAAAUUCCCUUUCACAUCCACGCAUUUUCUUAAUGCAGCAAUGCAUGUUAGCUCAAUAUAUGUAUGUAUGUAUAUGUUAUAGGAGCAGGCGCAAAAUAAGCUGGCUAGAACAUUGAAUAUUCCAUUUUCGAAUUGACGUUGCUUUAUUUUAUAGCUUGACAAAUUAAAUGCAUCAAUAAGAUAUGCAGACUGUAUUAUACUUCUUUAAUUAUUAUAAUAUCUUUCUGGUCACUAUCGUCCACAUUCAAUUCAUAAUUAGAAUUUUUAAAAUGAUUUCACCAUAUUUUGCUUCUUAGUCUCAAAUUUAAAUGCAGUGUAUUUUUAAUUUAGGUUUUUUUUUUUUUAAUUAAUUUUCAUAUUUUUAAUUUAUUUGUUAAAUAUUUGUUGCAAAGAAAUUUCCAAGUAAAUUCAUAACGGUUUAUUUAAAGAAAAUGUCAAAUUUCUUAAUUUUUUAUUUUUAAGAGCUAUUUUAUUUAGCAAUGUCAGUCGUGUGAGCGUAAGACUAUCGCUCUCCACCAGCUUCUGUCAGAUUUGACACACCUCGUCUGCUCAUAGCACACUAUUUGGAUUCCAUACACUUUCCCUUCCGUCCUACCACCAAUUUGCCAUGGAAUUUUGAAAUAUUUCUCACUCCCAAAAUUAAAAAAUCAUUGAAGUCAUGCAUUGUAUACCAUCCGCAAUACUCGUAACGAAGUUUUUAUACGUAAAGAAAAAAUUAAUAGAUUUUAUUGAUUGCCAGCUUUGGGAGUUGAAAUCCAUCAAAAUUCCAAAAUGUAUGUUACACUGUCCCCCCUCUCUGUUACUGCCUCACGGUUUUAAAUUUCAAAAACUUGACUUAUGAUCGAUCUUCUUCAUCGUUUAUGCAAAACAUAUUUUUAAUUGAGCCUAAUUUUAAGCUUUGCAAUAGAAUUUUCUAAGUUUACCUACCAUUAAAGUUACUUUCAAUUUUUUUUUUUAUAAAUAUGUAUGUAUGUAAAAUUGCUUUAUUUUGUAAUAAGUAUUUACUGUAUAUCUUUACUUUUUAAUGUAAACUAAUUUAAGAGUAAAGGUCGUCAUUUGUCACACAACACCGUUUAUGUGACACAGAGUAACCAGUAAUGUAAAAGCAAAAACACAAAAAAACAACAAACACAUCGGUGAAAAGCACACGCAAAACCUCUCCUAAAACUCCUCCAGUACUAUUUCUGCACUAGAAUCUGCUAUCUACCAUUCUUUUGAUUUCAAAUUGUAAAGCAAAAAACAAAAAAAGAUAAGAAGUCUUUUGAAAUUGUAAGCAACCCAAAUACAAACGAACCUAAAAUAACAUACAUAUGUACGUGCGAGUGGUAAGGAAUAAAAGUAAAAUAAAACAAGCUAAUGAUACUACAUGAAAACCAAGAGGUAUUUUUGCAUUUGAAAAUAAAAAUUGUGAAUUAAUAAACGUUAAGAAACCGCAACAACACCAAUAAUAUAAAAAUAAUUUAGCGAAAAUGCUUGCAUACAUACAUAUACAUAAUAAAAAAUUGGUUUUAUACACGGAAUGCAAAAUACAUACAUACAAACAAAUAAAAGUGCUAAGAAAUUUUUAUGAAAAUCUAACACAAAAAAUAGUAAAACAUGUAAAAACACCAACUAAGUAACGCAUUAAAACAUAAAAUAUUUGCCGAAAGUAUACAUACAUACAUAAUGUAUUUUUAUAUAGACAAACAAACAAACAUGUAAUGUAACUGGAAUGUUUAGAACAAGAUUAUGAUGAGUGGUUGAUUGAAAAUGAAAACACAAAAAUAAAAAUAAAUUAAUAAAUAAAUGCUAGAAAAAAAUACAAAAAAAAAAUAAAUAAAUAAA